ACAACAGUUCAACCUUAACACGCGGCGAAAAGAACUCUCUUUCCCUCGCCACCGCGACGCACCACCGCAUCGCUUCCCUCCUCCACCUUCUUCUUCUUCUCCUUUCUCUUUCAAAACACUCUCUCUCUCUCUCUCUGUGUGUCACCCCAAAACAAGAAAAUCUCAAAGUCCGUUUCUUUAUACCUGCAAUUAAUAGAGUAACUGAUUAAGCUCUCUCUCUCCCUCUCUCUCUCUCGCUCUCUUCAAAACAACAUAUCAGUUACAUUUUUUCUCUCUCUCUUUCUUUAUUUCUACCCUUCUCUUCUUCUUCAACUCCCAACUUCUUCAUAUUGGGUCUUCAAAAAAUCUUCCACCUUUAAUAAAUUCUAGCAUUUAUAAAACCCAGAGAAGACAAUAAAUUUUAAAUUUUUUUAUUUUCAUUUGUCAAAGCUUAAAAUUUCCAGUGUGUGCAAUUUGUCUAUUUUCUUUCUCCCUUUGUUAAAUGGUCCCUUAUUUCUCUCCUAUGUAAUUAUUACCAUUUCCUUCCCCUUUUUAUUUUAAUUGAUUCUCUUCUUCAUAUCACCACUCUAUCAAAUUGAUUAUGGCAUAAUGCAAAUCUCUCCCCAGAAGGAAAGUGUGGUUUGGUGUUGUAGGGGGUUUUGAGGAUUUUCUGUCACUUUACCGGGAAAAUCUCUGAUCGAUCGCCGAGAAAAUGUCCUCCACAACCUCCUCUGUGUCCUGUUGCUCCGGAAAUUCUCCCUCGAACCUGGAACGCUUUCUUCAGUGUGUCACUCCUCUUGUUCCUUCACAGACUCUACCUCAGAGCUGCCAUAAUGAUCUAAAUAGCCUCUGGCAACCACUCGGUAAGGAUACAAUCGAAUACUUCACUCUGAAAGAUCUCUGGGACUGCUAUUAUGAAUGGAGUGCAUAUGGUGCUGGUGCACCUUUGAUGUUAGAGAGUGGUGAUACUGCGAUUCAGUUCUAUGUUCCUUAUCUUUCUGCUAUCCAAAUCUACAGCAAUAAAUCUGUUGCAGCUUCUCGGAAUCGGAGAGAGGAUAGCGAUGGAGUUGAAUUUGAAAGUGAUUCGUGGAGUGAUGAUAGCGGAAGUGAUAACUUAUCGAGAUCAUUAAGCAACAAUUCCAGCAAAUCUUGGGAUGCUGUUUCUGAGGAUUCAAGCUGUGAUCAGGAGGGGUCAUGGCUAACAAGGGAAAAGCUUGGCUACCUUUACUUGCACUAUACUGAGAUGUCUUCACCUUACUCCAGGGUUCCGCUUAUGGAGAAGAUACCUGAGCUAGCUAGAACCCACCCGGCAUUGAUGACGUUGAAGAGCGUGGAUCUUUCCCCGGCAAGUUGGAUGGCUGUUUCUUGGUACCCAAUUUAUACCAUCCCAAGUCGCAAAAAUGACAAGGACUUGGAAGCAUGCUUCCUCACUUAUCAUACAUUGUCAUCAUCUUUCCAAGAUUGUGCAAUGGAGUGUGAUGAAAUGGACAUAGGAAACGAUAUAUGUUAUUCCAGCUGGUGGGGAAGUAUUGUAGGAGAAAAAUGCAAGAAAAAGCAGAGUGGGUGCAUAUCUGUCCCUCCUUUUGGGCUAGCUACUUACAAAAUGCAAGGUGACCUUUGGUUAGACCAAGAGCCUUAUGUUAAUGAAAGGGUGUCCUAUCUGUACAGUGCUGCAGACUCAUGGUUAAAACAGCUCAAUGUGAAUCACCAUGACUUCAACUUUUUCACAUCAAACUCUACCAUGUAAAUUAGUUGGUGUGAGUGUCCAUCAACCUUAACAGUUGACUUGGCCUUUAUUUAGCUUUGAACUCUGACACCGGCAGAAAAAGAAAAAAAAAGAGAGUUCCCCUUGGUGCAAUUCUGAAAACAUUCAGAAACUGAGGAGUUAUAUCUCAAAAGAGUGUAUAACCCUUAAGCUAUGUACAAAUUUUGUUAAUGGGGGAUGAGUUUUUUUAACUACCAUUUUGGUUUUUUUUAUGCUACUUUUCCUAGAAACCGUAUAACAGUUUG